AUGAACGCACCACAAUUAUUCCGGAGGACGACUCCCUUCGUCUGCCGCGCCUGUCGAGCCGCCCGCAGCCGACACGAGCACGCGGGCAGCACGCCGGCAACGGCCGCGGCCGCUCGCCUCAUUCGCCACUUCUCCUCGAGGCCGGCCGCUGCGAGGGCGGCCACUACUUUCCAGUCGUACAGCCUCCCCAGCCAUCCGCCGGCGGCGCGGCCGCGGAAUGCAGACGUGUCGGUCGAGACGUCCAUCACGCAGCCGAUCGAGAUGCCGCCGCUCCCGCGCGUGCACGAUACGAGACCGCCGCAGGACGCCGGGGCGCGGGGGAGUGCAGGUGGGCAGCUGGAGGGGGCUGAGGGGGAGAAGGCCGUGAUACCCGAGGCGGAGGCGCAGGAGUCCAAGGAGGGGUUUGUGUCGAGGGAGGCGGCGGCACAACAAGACCAAAAGCAGCAACAGCAACAGCAAUCCUCCACGGCUUCGCCCGCUGCAGCAACACAACCGACGACGGCGGAGGUCAAGACGGCAUCGGCAGGCGCGGCGCCGCGAAAGUCGAGACUGCGGGCGCCGCGCAAGGCGGCCAUGAAGCUUACGCCGGCGGCCGUCGAGCAGCUGCGGAGGCUGCUGGAUCAGCCGGAGCCCAAGCUCAUCAAGGUCGGGGUGCGUAACCGGGGAUGCAGCGGGCUGGCGUACCACCUCGAGUUUGUGGACAAGCCGGGCCCGUUUGACGAAACGGUCGAGCAGGACGGCGUCAAGGUCUUGAUUGACAGCAAGGCGCUUUUUAGCAUCAUUGGCAGUGAGAUGGACUGGAUCGAGGAUAAGUUGAGCCAGAGGUUCUUUUUCAGGAACCCUAACAUCAAGGAGGAAUGCGGCUGUGGUGAGAGCUUCAUGACUCCCUCACCAGCCCAACCCCGAACCGACUUUAGCAUGGUCGAGUGCCCCAUCUGCAACCGAAGCGUGCGUGCCACCGCCAUCAACAGCCACAUCGAUUCCGGCUGCGAGACAGGCCUGGUCGACAAUGAGGGCAAUGGCAGGAAUUCCUCCCCACCGGUAGCCGACGGUGGAAACGGCGGCUCUGUCCCCUCCUCGACGGCAAACAACCCCCCCUCGGCGACGCAGAAGCGAUCCGCAUCCACCUUCUUCCAAACCCCCGCCGCGAAGCGCCAUGCAAACUCCAACACGAAGGCCGUCGCAGCAUCCGUACCGGCCAAGACGAACGGCACCAAACGCACUUUUGACGAGGGCCCCGGGCAGAGGUCACCGGGGGAGCACAACCACGCAGACGCCUCCGUUUUUGCGUUCGCGUCGACGACGACAGCAGGCCCGUCUAGCAAACGCGUCAAGCCGAACCGCGCAGCGCCGUUGGCGGAGCGGAUGCGACCCCGAACCCUGGAUGAGGUUUACGGACAAGACCUUGUGGGCCCCAGCGGCGUGCUCAGGUCGCUGAUCGACUCGGAUCGGGUCCCAUCCAUGAUACUAUGGGGCGGCUCGGGGACGGGCAAGACGACCAUCGCCCGCUGCAUAGCGCAGACGGUCGGGUCGCGGUUCGUCGAGCUCAAUGCGACGUCGACGGGGGUCAACGAGUGCAAGAAGCUGUUCCAGGAGGCCGCGUCGGAGCUGGGGUUGACGGGCAGGCGGACCAUAAUCUUCUGCGACGAGAUACACCGCUUCAACAGGGCGCAGCAGGACGUCUUCCUCAAGCCGGUCGAGGCCGGCACCAUCACGCUCAUCGGGGCCACCACAGAGAACCCGAGCUUCAGGGUGCAGUCUGCGCUGCUGUCGAGGUGCAGGACGUUUACGCUCGCCAAGCUGACCAGCGAGGACGUCCAGAGGAUAUUGGUGCGGGCGCUGGACGAGGAGCAGAAGGCCGCCGGGGACGAGGCGCAGCCUGCCAGUCCGCUCAUAGACGCCGAGAUGAUUGCAUAUCUUGCAAAUUUCGCAGACGGCGACGCGAGGACCGCCCUGAAUCUCCUGGAGCUUGCGCUUUCCCUGACCCGGCCGAGGAUAGACGGCGAUGGUGACGUCGCGGCUGGACCUGUCGCGCUGACCAAGGAGGAUGUAAAGAAUGCACUGACCAAGACUCUGGUUUACGACCGGGCUGGAGAUCAGCAUUACGACAAUAUAUCCGCCUUCCACAAGUCAAUCCGCGGCUCCGACCCUGACGCGGCACUGUACUACCUCGCGCGCAUGCUGCAGUCAGGCGAGGAUCCGCUGUUCAUUGCUCGCCGGCUCGUGGUGGUGGCGUCCGAGGACGUGGGCCUGGCCGACAACACGCUCCUACCGCUCGCCACGGCGGCCUACACGGCGGCGCAGCAGAUCGGGCUGCCCGAGGCGCGGAUCCCGCUCGCGCACGCGACGGUGGCGCUCUGCCUGGCGCCCAAGAGCACGCGGGCGUACCGCGGCCUCAACAACGCCUUUGCCGCGCUGAGGGAGCCGGGGGUCGCGGCGCUGCCGGUACCGGUGCACCUGCGCAACGCGCCGACGAGGCUGAUGAGGGAGAUGGGCUACGGCGCCGAAUACAAGUACAAUCCAAACUACAAGGAUGGGAAGGUCAAGCAGCAGUAUCUGCCCGACGACCUGGUCGGGAGGAGGUUCCUCGAGGAUCGGGACCUCGGAACGGAGAUCGAUCCUGAUCUGGGCGAGGACGGGGGAUGA